GGAUUCUCAGGGCCCCACUAGGCCGGAGGCAGCGGUUGCCGUCUACUCUUCUUUUAAUUUCUUCACUAAUUUCGUAUGUGGCAGGGAAUUCUGGUCAUCAGUCACUUACAUAAGUGGCCUUAUAGAAUCUCCCUCAACACUGUCAUGGUGCACCAAGUUUAAAAUCAGCUGAUGUUCACAAGGAACAGAGUCACGUGAUGUAUGAAGGCAAACACAUACACUUCUCUGAGGUUGACAACAAACCCCUGUGCUCCUACAGCCCCAAACUCUGCAAGCAGCGAAGACUCAACGGCUACGCUUUCUGUAUCCGCCACGUUCUUGAGGACAAGACCGCCCCCUUCAAACAAUGUGAAUAUGUGGCCAAAUACAACAGCCAACGUUGCACCAACCCGAUCCCCAAAUCAGAGGACCGAAGGUAUUGCAACAGUCACCUUCAGGUUCUUGGAUUCAUUCCCAAAAAAGAAAGGAAGAAAAAGAAUGAUUCUUUGGAGGAAGUGAAGUCCAGGCAUCAAAUGGAGACUGUGGCCUUCAGUUUGACCGUGCCUAGCUUGGCCUUGAAGAUGCCAAAUGGACUAGAUGGAAUGACUCUUUCUCCUCCAAGUGCGAGGCUCCCCUUCCACUAUCUUGAAACAGACUUAGAAGAUCCUUUCAUGUUUGAGGAAGAGCAGGAAGAGCUAAAGAAAGUGGAGUCUGUUAAGAAAAAACUUCAGAGUAAGUUGGCCCAAAAUCGUCAGCGCCAGAAAGAGACAGAGAUUUUAAAAGUUCAAGAGCACUUUAGCCCUCAUUCUGCACCUUCUCCGCUGCAAUCUCCAUCUGUUCAGGAGCAGCCCACUCUGGUUCAGCCCGCACCAAUAUCUUUGAAAGAGACUGGGUUGCCACAGAGCAUUGUCUCCAAGUCACCUCAACAUCAGAACACCAGCCUACCAGUACAGGGAGCGUCACCAGUCACGCACACACUAGCACAAGCAAGACUCCAGUCUAGCAAGAGACCUCUCCCUGUCCCAUCUCCCACAACAGAACCAACACGGACGGACAGAAUACAGGUGCCAGCAACCACCUUGCCUGCUUACUCUUCAUGUGUUAGUCGACUGCAAAGACUAAUGAAAAUGUACACGCAAAAAAAGCAACUAGAUACAGAUCUCUUUCCACAUCUAGGGCUGGACUGGUCAGAAGACAGCGGAGAGGACUCUGAUCAAGCGUCACCAUAUCAGGUUGCAUGGUCGUUCCGAGAGAGCCUUCAUCAUGACUGCAAAAAGUUUGAUGCUGAAAUAGCACACCGCAGGAGUUUCAGGGUUGCACAACUUUGCACUUACUUUCAGCAAAAAUACAAGCACCUCUGCCGCCUGGAGCGGGCAGAAACCUGUCAGAAAAAAUACAGACAUACAUUCCGGAAAGCCUUACAGAAGGCAGCCAGCAAAGAGCCAGAGUGUGCAGGGCAAUUGAUGCACAAACUGAGAAGAGCUGCACAUAUGAGUUAUAGACCAGAUCAGCCAGAGCUGAGAGAGGAGGAAACCACAAAUUGCACUGCAACUGUGAGGAGUGAAUCUUGUAGAAACCAAGCACUCCCUUACACGCGCCACUGUUUUCAACAUAUCCUUUCAAACAGCUCUCAGCAGCUCUUCUCCAGCUGUACAGCCAAGUUUGCAGAUGGCCAGCAGUGUUCUGUACCUGUUUUUGACAUCACGCAUCAAACUCCUCUGUGUGAAGAACAUGCCAAGAAAAUGGAUAAUUUUUUGCGAGGGGACAGCUCACGUAAAAUUCAGCACCAGCAGCAGAGAAAACCCAGGAAAAAGACCAAGCCUCCUGCACUUACCAAAAAACCGAAGAAAAAGAGGAGGCGUGGCCCCAGGCGGCCCCAGAAACCCAUUCCACCUGCUGUGCCCCAAGGCAAUCUCUGCAUGCCCAGCAGCCUCACACUGCCAGUGGAGGUCUCAAACAUAAGGAGCCCAUCCACGCCAGACUUGAGUACUGAUGAGUUGCCUGAUGACAUCACUAGUGAGAUCGCAGACAUUCCCCAUGAUUUGGAAUUAAAUCAAGAGGAUUUUUCUGAUGUCCUGCCACGUUUACCAGAUGAUCUCCAUGUCUUUGAUUUCUUUGAAGGUAAGAAUGGAGAGCUUCUCCCAACGACAGAAGAGGCAGAAGAAUUGGAGAGGGCCUUGCAGGCUGUCACAUCUCUGGAAUGUCUUAGUUCCAUUGCUGUGUUGGCUCACGCUGACACUGUAACUGGGCAGGAAUUGUCAGACCGAGGGAUAGCUGCAUUCUCAACAUGCUCUGUUGGUCCGGAGAUACGGGAAGUAACCACAGACCUUGGUGAAUUGCUUAACGGGCGUAUAGGUCAUGAAAACUUCACCAGUCUGGAACUGGAUGAAAGCCUGCUUGGGUCUGCUGCUUUGUCAAGUCCACCCACACCUUUGAGUUGUCAUAUCCAGAGGUCCUUUUCCUCCUCUGCCAAUGUUGGCCUUACUUCUGCCACACUAAUAAGCCAGAGUUCACUUGAAGAGAGGGCUUUCCCGGGUACUUUUCAUGGACUUCAUGAAGAUGGUCAUGUUACCCAGCAGCCUCUUCCUGCAGAGAUCUUGACUAAGGCAGAUGAUUUAAUCACCUCACAACAGCAAUACAGUAGUGAUCAAUCCCAUUCGUCACCCCAUGGCAGCCAUUAUGGCAGUGAGCCUGUGCCGUCACCAUACAGCGACCAAAUUACAUCCCCGCAUGCCACCUCUUUCUCCACGGAUGGCUUAGCAGUCACAUUUUCUUCUGAAGUACCCAUUAUUUCACAGCACUUGCUCACCACUCAGUUGGAGGUGCCUCUUAGUGGAGUGGUAAACACUCGAACUCACUGGGGAAACCUUCCUGUGAACCUGGGUGAUCCAUCAGCUUUUAGCACCUUCCUCAGCUCAGAUGGCCACUUACUUUCCACCUCUUUAUCCACUCCCCCUGCCACAUCCCAUUCAGAGACAACACAGCCUACCUUUUCCACUGUGACCCCCAACAGCUCCAACAUGCUUCCGGGGUUACCGCAGACUAGUUUCAGCGGCCUCAGCCCCCCACCCUCGGAACUUAUGGACUCCACAUUACCCAAACAGCUCCCUCAGUUCAUUGCAGCCUUUGGCCAUCAGCUGACUUCUCACAGCGGCAUCCCUAAAGACCUUCAACCCAGCCAUAGCUCAAUUGCUCCCCCUACAGGAUUUACUGUAACUGGUGCCACAGCUACAAGUACGAACAACUCCUCCACCUCUUUGACAAACCCUAACUGAUGACACGUUUGCUUGUUUCAUUGAUCGUAUGGGAGGAAAGUGGUGGUAUUUCCUUAUGCUUGUUGUUAUAUUCAUAUUUCCCAUGGAAUAUUGUUUUCCUUGGUUAUAAACAUAUUGGUAAAAGGAGGAGUUUGUUCCGUGCAAUGUCCUUGUGCUCAAAAAGCACUGGUGCUCCUAUUAUAUUUGUAUGUUCGUUUAUUUCCCCUGUUUUCACCUCUAAAAGAGGGACAUGAGAUUUUUAUACGUUGCCUGCCAUAUUGCUGUUGUUAACCGAGGUUAAGAAAAGUGUACACUUAUUUGCUACCUGACAUCAAUAUUGUGGCUUCACUUGGGUGAUACAAAGCGUUAGACUAG